UCAUUACUAACAUUUACGUCAGUCGCCCGGCCGACGAGAUCAUUAGUCUUUUAUCCGUGUCAAAGUGAAGAAUUAGUUGUAAAAAAUACAUAAUUACCUUAAACAUCUGUAGAUCGUGACUCCAGAGUCAGACAUAACCAUGACUCCACCGAUGGAGCGCAUUCAGACCUUGGAGGCGAUUGAAAAGGAUAUUAUUGUGUGUUUACAGAGUGCAGGACAAGCGUUCAUGGAACUGAGCAAAGAGAAGUCAAGCUUGAAACAAGCAGAGGGACAAACGAAUCAAUUUAUCAAGACCCUGGGCCACGUAGAAACUAAACUGAGCGAGCAAAUAAAUUAUUUGACACAAGUAUCAACAGGACAACCACACGAAGGAUCUGGCUACGCCAGCCAAAAAGUACUGCAAAUGGCAUGGCACCGAUUGGAGCACGCUCGUAGUAGGGUCAAUGAAUUGGAACGCAUUAAAAACAAACAUCUUCAUGCAAGAUCGAACACCAGAACUACGCAGCCACAAACACCAGUAUUGAUAACACCAAUGCAGACAAAUGCUACUGCUCAGUAAACCUUUCGAUGCAUCAAACAAUUUAACCAAAUAACUUUAUAACAAUUAUCAUCAAUCAGCUCUGUUUCAUCGAUCUAAAAAAAAAUGAACUUAAAUGCAUUAUCACCGAUAAUAUAUUUUAUCAGUUUACGGGAAAA